GUUGAUAAUUUGGUACGUCGUGCUUAUAAUGAUGCUGCGUUUUGCUUCCACGUAUCUCUCUGAUCAAGAUAGUCGUUUUGGCUAUUUCUGAAUCAAAAAUAAAAUGGGCGUGAUCUCUCCUAUCGAGACUCUGUUCUUGAAGUCUCAACAUCGUCUUCUUCAACCUCGAGAUUAUUCCUACCCUGUGGUUUCUCAUAAGACUCAAAGAGUUGCAAAUUUCCCCCACCGCAGCUUCUCAUUUCUUUCUCUAGGUUCAUCAUCUGUAGAUUUUCCAUUACGCAGUGAUCUGAUUCUGCAAAAUGGUAGGUUGAGUUUUCCUUGGAGGAGAUAUGUCUCAGAAUCUGAAUCAGCCGAGGUCUACAAUGAGAAGGUUUCUAUAAUGGAAGUGCUAAAGAAAGCCAACUCUUUUAUUCCUCAUGUGAUUCUCUCAAGUACAAUCUUAGCUCUUCUCUAUCCACCUUCUUUCACCUGGUUCAAGCCAAGGUACUUUGUGCCUGGCUUAGGGUUCAUGAUGUUUGCUGUUGGAAUCAACUCUAACGAACGAGACUUUCUUGAAGCUCUUAAAAGACCAGACGCUAUUUUCGCCGGUUACAUCGGACAAUACCUGAUAAAACCUCUUUUAGGUUAUAUGUUCGGCCUAAUAGCUGUCUCCCUUUUCAAGCUACCUACUCCAAUAGGUGCCGGAAUCAUGUUGGUAUCAUGUGUCAGUGGAGCUCAACUAUCGAAUUACACAACUUUUUUGACCGAUCCUUCACUCGCGCCGCUUAGUAUUGUCAUGACAUCGAUCUCAACAGCUACCGCGGCACUCGUUACACCCAUGCUUUCUCUCUUGCUCAUUGGUAAAAAGCUUCCCGUUGAUGUGGCUGGGAUGGUCUCUAGCAUUCUCCAGGUCGUGGUUACACCAAUUGCCGCAGGACUUCUUCUGAACCGGUUAUUUCCAAGGUUGUCUAAUGCGAUCAAACCAUUUCUCCCGGCGCUAACGCUUAUCGAUAUGGCUUGUUGCAUAGGAGCACCCCUCGCUUUGAACAUAGACUCAAUCUUGUCUCCGUUCGGUGCAACCAUUUUGUUACUCGUUAUCACUUUUCAUCUCUUGGCUUUCGUCGCUGGUUACUUUUUAACUGGGUUGUUCUUCAGCAAGGCACCUGAUGUAAAGGCCCUACAAAGAACAUUAUCCUAUGAAACAGGAAUGCAAAGUAGUCUUCUUGCUCUGGCCCUCGCGACAAAGUUCUUUCAAGAUCCUCUUGUUGGAGUGCCUCCAGCAAUCUCCACGGUGGUUAUGUCUCUGAUGGGUGUCUCACUUGUUACAAUAUGGAAAAAUAGAAAGGAGUAAUGACAUAAACCCUAAUCUAAGAUGUUCGAAGACAUUUAUAGGUUGUUUAUGUUGGCUGUUCUAAUUAUUUCUGUAAUGACUCUUAUGGUUGUUCUUUUUAAAUUGUUUCUGAUACAACACCCGGUUGACUAAACCAGAACAGAGUCGAUAAGCCAGAGAACAGUACGACUGUACGAGUUAUGAAUCAGAAUUUUAUGGAACUAAUAUAUUAAUA